UAUACCCUACUCUCCUCCAGUUCCUACGUCUCUGGAUAAUCCGUGUCAUAACAAUUCAAAACCUCUUGCUGAUCCACAAGAAAAGAACAACAGGUAUUGACGAAGUGGUAGUAGUGGAGGGGUAGAUGGUCUUAAGAGCACGUUUUAUACACAAAUACUGACAUUUUAGUUUGUAAGCGCGACCGGAUCAGUAGUCGAUAAAGUCCACCGGUGUUCGAUUGAUUUUGGUGAUAUCGAUAAUAGUUCCCAAAAAUUGGUUUUUGAAAAUGAAGAGUGUGAUCACGCAUACUACUGCCAUUAUUUCGGAGAGCAGAAAGAUAAGAAAACCCCUAAUGGAAAAAAAGAGACGGGCAAGAAUCAACGAUAGUCUAGAAACGCUCAAACAGAUUCUCCUCGACUCAAAAACGCUGCUCAAAGAAGGAUCCUGCAAAAAGGGCGCCAGCAGAACAGCAAAACUGGAAAAGGCAGACAUUCUCGAAAUGACAGUGAGGUAUCUGCAGCACCUCCAUCAGAAAGUAAACUCAAUCGAGGAUCAGAAUCAGAACAAACCAAAACAUCAGGAAUUCGUAGUACGAAGAUCAGCAGAUAGUUCUAGUGAAAAUAUAAAGUUGGGUUUAACGCUAAUUCCAAAACAACUGAAUACAGGAGAAUUAGUGCUGGUUGUACCUUCGUCGAAUCUAAAAGAAAUGAGAACAAACGAUACAAUCAGUGAGGGUUAUGCAAUGAAAGUUGAAGAUAAAGUCUGGAGACCUUGGUGAUAGUCCAAAUCAUGAUAUGAUUGUGACAAACUGGCUGUGAUUUUGUACAAAGUGUAAAUAUGUUGUUAAUAAAUUGA